AUGGUGGGUGAGAGGCAAGGUGAAAGGGAGAAUGAGAGAGAAGGACAGGAGGGUGUAAGGGUGGGUGGGGUGGUAACCAUGGGCGAUGGUAGGAGUAGAGAAGGUGGCCGAAUGGGGAAGAGUGAGAGCAACCUAAUGAGGCAAUGGGGAAGGGAAGCAACGAUGACCCUUAAUGCGAUAGGAAGGGAUGAGAGGGUGGGCGGGGUGACGAUUAGGGGGAACAUGAUGGGCAGGGGAGUGAUGACAACGUGGAGAGAGGAGGGAGGGGAAACGAGAUCAACGGGAAGGGAAGCGAUGGCGAUAGGGAGGGGAAGCGUGGGCGACGGUGGAAGGGAGUGUAGGGGACGGUGGGGGGAAGCGUGGAUUUUGCCUAUCACUCAUUCCCUUCCCCACUGCUCACUCCUUUCCCCCCUGCUCACUCCCUUCCCCUCUGCUCACUCCUUUCCCCCGUGCUCACUCCCUUCCCCUCUGCUCACUCCUUUCCCCUCUGCUCACUCCCUUCCCCUAUGCUCACUCCUUUCCCCCUUGCUCACUCCCUUCCCCUCUGCUCACUCCUUUCCCCUUUGCUCACUCGCUUCCCCUCUGCUCAUUCCCUUUCCCCCUGCUCACUCCCUUCCCCUCUGCUCACUCAUUUCCCCUCUGCUCACUCCCUUCCCUUCUGCUCACUCCUUUCCCCACUGCUCACUCCCUUCCCCACUGCUCACUCCUUUCCACUCUGCUCGCUCCCUUCCCCUCUGCUCACUCCUUUCCCCUCUGCUGAGUCCCUUCCCCUCUGAUCACUCCUUUCCCUCCUGCUCACUCCCUUCCCCCUUGCUCACUCCCUUCCCCUGUGCUCACUCCUUUCCCCCCUGCUCACUCCCUUCCCCUCUGCUCACUCCUUUCCCCCUUGCUCACUCCUUUCCCCUCUGCUCACUCCUUUCCCCCCUGCUCACUCCCUUCCCCUCUGCUCACUCAUCUCCCCUCUGCUCACUCCCUUCCCUUCUGCUCACUCCUUUCCCCACUGCUCACUCCCUUCCCCACUGCUCACUCCUUUCCACUCUGCUCGCUCCCUUCCCCUCUGCUCACUCCUUUCCCCUCUGCUGA